AUGUUCUUCAGAUCUAACGCCAGUCAGAAGCUUCUAGCUGUGGUCUUAAUUCUCUCAGUGAUCGCUUUCCUAACUCAUAUUGAUCAUUUUGUGGCAGAUUUAGAAAAGUUGGAGACUAGUCCAGAGUGUCAAUGUAUAUCUAAAAGAACGGGAAAAUCGCACAACUUUUGUUAUCCGGUGCCGAGGAAUCCCGGAUGGUAUGGAAGGAAAUUCAAUUGUUCGUUUGUAGAAACUUUAGAGAAUUUGAAUCUUCUUGGUGAUUCUGGUAACGUAAUCACCCUCCAAGGAGCCAUUUCCAACAAAGAUGCCUUGGUAUUCGUUUCUGCAACUUCCGAGGAUCAUUUCGGAAUCUGCAUGUGGUCUUAUAAAUCUGUUCGAAAAUAUUAUCCUAACCAUAAAUACGUGCUUUUUGGUCUAAAUAUAAGCGAAAGCUCAAUUGACAAACUCCCGAAGUCGGAUCCUAAUUUUGAGUUCCGAGGAUUCGACGUGACUCUUUAUCCGGAAUAUGUGACGAACUUCAAAAGAAACCAUUUCAAAGGAUUAGUUCUGGCAGAAGCUAUGAGAGACUAUCCGGUUCUUUUGUGGAUAGACGCUUAUAUUAAGAUGAUUGAGCCAAAUGUAAUUGAGGAUUUGUUCGAGGAAAUUUCGGAAAAUCGAAUGUCUAAAAGAUAUUCCGAGUUGAUCUCAUUUGACGUUAAUGGACACAACAAUUAUGCUGUAUUGCAUUCAGGGCUCCUCCACUAUUUCCCAUUUCACUCUUUUGAACUCCUGAAAAACGAGCAUCAACUUGGAUCGGGUAUCAUUUUUGUACCAAGAACAAAUUACAAUAGAAGAAUUAUGAAGUGGUGGGUGUUAUGUUCGCUGACUGAUGAAUGUAUAAACCCACCCGGGUCCAAACACUACCAACCUGUGCUGAACAUUCUACUUCUGAACGACUUCCAAGACUAUCACAAGUAUUACAUGAAGAAAUUAGAGUCAUCGUUCAUUAAGAUGGAUUGGGAGAAACUAAUGAGCAUUGAAGGAUAUUCAUUCGGGUUUUACGAUAUGAUCUGA